AUGACCACCCUCAUUCCCCGUGAGCCUUAUACCCAGGAUGAGCUGGCUCGCCUGUACCCGGCAGCUCUGAAGCUGCAGUUGGUGCAAGUGUUCCUUCGUCAUGGUGAACGCACACCCGUCUCAUCACGAUUCUCAAAUGUAGGCCACUGGCCGUAUUGCGGCGUCGCAAGACGCAUGGUGCAGAUGGCCUCGAGUAGUAAAGACCUCUCGGAAUGGAACGGGUUCCAAUGGCGCCGGAAAAUGGAGUCAUUCGGCAGUAAUGACCACGCGAUGAUCGCAACAGGACCGGGAGGACCAGUCGAAGCGAUGUGCUUGCACGGAGAGCUCACAGACAAGGGUCGUGAGACGACAUAUGCACUCGGACAACGGCUGCGCCAUCUAUAUGUCGACCAGCUCGGAUUCAUGCCUGAGAUUAAGAGUGAUUCCGAGGAUAUGUAUCUGCGCGCCACGUCGAUCCCCCGCGCUCUGGAGUCGCUCCAGGAGGCCUUCUGGGGCAUGUACCCGGCUAGCGCGCGCACGCUUGACUUCCCACCGCCGGUGAUUGUGGCCCGCCAGGUCAAUGAGGAGACACUGUUCCCUAAUGAGGGGAAUUGUAGACGGUUCCGACAGCUGGCACGGCUUUUUGCUGAUCGCGCCGCUGCACGAUGGAACGACUCUGGACAAAUGGCGUACCUGAACAGUCUCUGGUCAAAGCACAUGCCUGAAGAGUCGCCCAAGGUUGCUGUCGAUGCCCACCCUCGUCUUUCUGGAAUUAUGGACACCAUCAACGCAACUGAUGCCCAUGGCCCAGCCACUAAGCUUCCAUCCGAGUUCUAUGACAAGAAGGGUCGUGGCAUCGUGGACCGAAUUGCGGUUGAGGAGUGGUUUGCUGGUUAUGGUGAGAGCAGCGAGUACCGUAAGCUCGGUAUUGGUGCUCUCAUGGGUGAUGUGGUUGACCGCAUGGUCAGCACCGCCGUGGAGGGUGGCUGGCGCAGUGAGACCGCUGCGUCUGGGGCAGGCAACCCGGAGACUGGCAAGGCUAUCAAGUUUGCUAUGAGCGGCUGCCACGACACUACCCUAGCAGCAAUCCUGUCCAGUGUUGGUGGAUUCCAGGACCAGUCAUGGCCUCCAUUUACUUCCUCUGUUGCAGUUGAGCUCUUCUCAGAAGCACCCCGCUCCGACUCCAAUGCUGGUGUCGUGCUCGAGGAGUUCUCCAACCCAUCCGUCGCAGCCAAGAAGCCCGGCGUUCUCUCCCAGCUCUUCGGUAAUUCCGCACCGAAGCAACUCACCGCCUCCAAUACUGCGCGCACACCCCUCGAGUCCUUGUCCGAAGGCGCUCGCGAAUCUCUCCAGAAGCACUAUGUCCGUAUUCGCUACAAUGACCAGCCCGUCCGUAUCCCCGGCUGUGCUGCUAAGCCCGAGAACCACCUGCCUGGCGAUGAGACAUUCUGCACCUUGGACGCCUUCAAGGAGAUUGUUGAUAAGUUCACGCCAAAGGAUUGGCAAGGCGAGUGCACAGCGAACCUUAGCGCAGGCCUCCACGGUCCAGACGAUCGUGAAAAGGCACCGGCUGGCUUCUAG